AAAAAAAAGAAAAGAAAAAAAAUUUGAGGACAACGACAUCAAUGGCAUCAGGAAUUGCUGGUACAAUUUUAAAACUUAAGACAGAUUUUAAAAAAGCAAAAGAUGAAUGUGCUAAUUUAGUGGAAGAAAAUAAAAAUCUUAAACAAGAAAUUCAAGUUUUAAAAGAGAAACUCCAAGAAAAGGAUAAGCAAAUUGAAAAACUUCAAGAGAGAGAUGAAGAAUUUGAAAAACUUCAACAGCAUGUUCAAAAUUUAGAAAAACAAAGAAAUGAAGAGUUAUUACAAUUACAAGAACUUGAAAUGAUUUCUCAAGAUUUCCAAAAUGAACUGGGAUUAUCAGAAUUGGAUGAAACUAAGGAGAAUGAUAUUAAAGUUGAAGAAAAUAAUGAACAACAAAAUUAUGAUUCUAACGAUUCGACAACUUUUCCUUCUUUCUAAGAAAUCGUUCUUAUAUAAUAAUAGGGAUAAUUUUUCCGAAAGUAUGAAUAAUGAACAAAAAAGCUCUAAGGAAUCGUUCAUAUAUAAUAAUAGUGAUGGAUUUUCCGAAAGUUUAAAAGAAAAUACAGAAAAAUUUGAACUUAACUCUAAUAUUCAAGCUGUGGUUGGGUUAGAUUUUGGAACAACUUACUCUGGAUUUGCUUGUUGCCAUGUUUCUAAUGAAGAAUAUAUAUAUUCAUAUGAUUCAUGGUCAAAUAAUAGAGAUUACCUAAAAAUGCAAGUCCCUACAGUUCUUGACUACAAUUAUGAUUAUUAUAUUGAAUUUUUCAAAUUAUACCUAGGCGAUUCACCAGAUAAUUUGAAACCAAAACUUCCAGUUGAAUAUAAAAAGGCUAUUACAGAUUUCUUUAGGAAAAUUAGUGAGGAUAUUAAAAAAGAAGUCCAAAAUCACUGGUUAGGAAUUGAUUUCUUUGAAAAUGUAUUAUUAGUUCUUACUGUUCCCAUGGGAUUUUCAGAAAAAGACAAAGAUAUUAUGAGAGAGUGCGUAUAUGAUGCAAACCUUAUAAGAAAUAAAUGCUCGAAAAAGUUGCAAUUUAUUACAGAAUCUGAAGCCGCAGCACUUUAUUGUAUGAAAAAUGAAUUAGAGGAGCAUGAUUUGUUGACUACAAGAAACUCAUUCAUGAUUGUUGACAAUGGUGGUUGUACUGUGGAUUUGUCUACUUGUAAAUUGGUUGGAAAUAAUCCAUUGCAAUUAGGUAAAGUUACCGAAUACAUCAGAGAUUUCUGUGUAAGUACAUUUAUCAAUGAGGAAUUUAUAAAAUUUUUACAUGAUAACAUAGAAUAUCAUGAUGUCUUAAAUGUUAAUGAUUAUCCAUAUUUGAAGCAAUAUGUCAGUAAAGAAAUAAGAAAAAUCAUGGAAGAAAAUGAUUGGGUUAUUAAUGUUGUUGAGUAUAAUGAUAUAAAAAAACUGGUUGAUCUUAUGAUUGAUAGAAUUAUUCGUUUGAUACAUAUACAAAUUUCAAAUAGUCAAGAAACUUGUUCAGGAAUAUUUUUAGUUGGAGGAUUCAGUGAAAACGAAUAUUUGCAAGAAAGAAUUAAACAAGAAUUUCAUCAUAAAGUGAAUACUAUUUCAGUCCCUUAUAAUCCUACAACUGUAAUUGCACAUGGAGCGGUAAUUUAUGGGUUAUCUAUAAGUUCAAAUUUGGAUAAAUUAGAAGAUAAUACUAAUAGUAGCUCCUCAAGAGUUCUUGAUUAUACUUAUGGAAUUCAAUUUAAUUCGGAUUGGAAAAAUACUGACCCUCCUAAUAGAAAAACUUCUGACGGAAAAAUUUCUAAAUUUAUUUCUUUGGUCAAACGAGGCACUGAAGUUACAUCAGAUCAGGUCUUUUCUUUUAAUUUUAAACCCGAAUCAGGCCAGGCACACAUAAAAUUUGAAGUUUAUUAUACAAAUGAAGAUUCUGCAAUGUACAUUGAUGAACCAGGAAUGAAAUUACUUGGAGUAUUAAACGCUGAUCUUCCAGGUAAGUUUUAAAUACUCAUCUUGAUAAUAGAAGCAUUGAUUUUGGACUUAUUUUCGGUCAAAAUGAAAUUACUGCAUUUGCAAGGAAUGAACUUAAUGGUCAAAAAUUUGUAACUACAUUUUAUUAUCAAUAGAUUCAAUAAUUUGUUUUUUAAAUUUCAAAUGUCAUGUAUAAUUUUGUAAUGUUUAUAUAUAUAUUAAAUAAAAAACUUUGAAACGACUCUG